CGUGGCAUGGCGGAAGCGGAGGCGGCUGGUGGCGUGGGGGAGGCCCCGGCCCCGGCCCCGGCCCCGGCCGAGGAGGGCGCGGAGCUCACGGCCGUUAUCGGCGCCACCGUGCCCACCGGCUUCGAGCUGACGGCGGCCGAGGAGGUGCAGGAGAAGCUGGGCUCGGCCUCCAGGAUCAGCAGGGACCGGGGGAAGAUCUACUUCGAGGUCCCGGCCCGGGGCCUGCCGCAGGUCCAUCGCCUAAGGUCAGUGGAUAAUUUAUUUGUUGUUGUUCAGGAGUUCAAAGACUAUCAAUUUAAAGAAAACAAGGAAGAUGCUCUAAAGGAUUUGGAAGAUUUGGUUAAAAAACUGCCUUGGACCAAUCCAUUGAAAGUUUGGGAGCUGAACAACAGCUUAAAAAAGAAAAAGACAAAACGCAAAAAACAUAAUCUGCAGAGUACUGCAAGCAAAGAGAAGUUGAAUGAGGAUGGACAAGGGGAAGGGACAGAUCAAAAAGACGCUAGUAAACAGGAGGGCUGUGCCCAAAACACUGCAGGUGUAGAACCUGCUAGCGGCCAGGAUACAGAAACGACACAAGGAGUGACAUCCCGAAAUGGGGAAGAGGAGGAGGAGGAGGAUAAUGAACAAGCAGAUGCUAAAGACGAAUUGCAGGCGGGUUCUGGGAGUGAGACCAAGGCUGGUGACAGUAAGACAAGUGAAGGAGAGGCGAAGGUGUUGAAGUUCCGUGUUACGUGCAAUAGAGCAGGAGACAAGCACAGUUUCACGUCAAACGAGGCUGCGAGAGACUUCGGAGGAGCUGUGCAGGAGCACUUCCAGUGGAAAGCUGACAUGACUAACUUUGAUGUAGAGGUUCUUCUGAAUAUUCACAAUAAUGAAGUAGUUGUGGGUAUUGCAUUAACUGAAGAGAGUCUUCACAGAAGAAAUAUUACACAUUUUGGACCCACAACUCUUCGUUCAACUCUUGCUUAUGGCAUGCUUAGACUCUGUGAUCCACAGCCAACGGAUAUCAUAGUUGAUCCCAUGUGUGGUACAGGUGCAAUACCAAUAGAGGGAGCUACAGAAUGGCCUAGCUGCUACCAUAUUGCUGGUGAUAACAACCCACAAGCUGUAAAGAGAGCAGCAAACAACAUCUGUUCUUUACUAAAGAAAAAUGAGAAUAAGGAAAGCAGUACUUCCCUGGGCAUACCCUUAGACAUCAUUCAGUGGGAUAUUUGCAACCUCCCUUUGCGGACUGGUUCUGUGGACAUUAUUGUGACAGACAUGCCAUUUGGAAAGAGGAUAGGGUCAAAGAAGAAGAACUGGGAUCUCUAUCCAGCCUGCCUUAUGGAGAUGGGCAGGAUCUGCACACCAGGGACAGGCAGGGCUGCGCUGCUUACGCAGGACAAGAAAUGCUUUGCCAAGGCCUUGUCACGAAUGGGACACAUCUGGCGCAAAGGUCAGACCGUAUGGGUGAACGUAGGGGGACUUCAUGCUGCAGUGUACCUUCUGAAACGCACCUGGGAAAGAGCAGAAGAAAAAAGGUCAUUCUGGUAACCUGCAUGGAAGAAGACAAGACACACCUCCGGAGUUUGUUGAAUAGCAGUCUGGUAAAGCAGACGCCUGAGAGCAUAGGUCUUGUCAAUUCCUGAUGAAAAAAAAAAAAAACACCUAUGUAGAAAUUGUAACAUGAAUAUUAAACCAGGGAUCAACUUGAGACCUACCAGUUGUACUAUGUGUUCUGAAACAUUGUUAUUUAAAUCACCUCUUUCCUCCCUGCCACCCAAACUGAAAUUCAGUAGUGGAAUUAGCAAUGCUUUCCUUUGCCUGAGUCUUCUUUACUGUGUCCAUUGUAUUUUUCAGUUAAAUGUUUAUUUCCUCUGCUUAUAGUAGAAAACAUGUUGAGGCAGCUUUGGAGGUAACAGUUAAUUUAUUUCCCAAACUGUAGAAAUCCUAUAUGUAUCUUAAAAUGACUAACAGGACUACUAAGACUGUCAUCUUGAAGGGUUUAGAGGUAGUAUCUCUUUAACGUAGGAUUUUUUGAAAUUGAAGUUUUCUAAUUUAUGCCAUUGCCCAAAUGUAAACUAAGAUGAUAAACCAGUAUCUGUUUUUCAUGGUCUGAUAAGCAAAUGCCAAUUAGUAAACAGCAUGCUGGUGCUACUGUUCUCUUCCUGUUACCUCAACUUAGUGCUAAUUGUUAGUAAAUAUCCAUAUUUUAAUGUACCACUGCCAUGGGUGAGGGGGGUAACACACACAGCCUUAGCAAACUGUUGGUAGUUACUAUUUGAGAACAGAUACUUUUAGCAAUUAUAUUGAAAAGUUCAUGUUUUCAUUGUCUACUGUAGACACAUCAAGGUGGCAAUAUGUUUAAAUUUAUUAGGCGAUUUAACUGCCGUAGUUAUGCCACAACAUUUACAAAAAUGUACUACCUGUUGAAUAACUUGAAGUUGCAAAUAUUUUUUUCUUCCAUGAAUAUACUGUGAUUUCUCAAGCCUCUUACUCUUUGCUCAUCAGAGGUUGAAAACACUAGUUACCAGUUUGCCAUUUUUAUUGAAGUGCAUUCAUGCUAAGUAUGUGUGUUUAGAGGUGAAUUAACAAGUAUUAAAGUUUUAGAAAUUUUGCAUAGGA